GAGCCCCGCCCACAAGCCAGGCGAGCUCGGAGGGCCUGCGUCCUCCCUGAGAUUAAACGAAGGAGGCUGCGAUUGGAGGCUGAGGUGGUGACGUAACUUUCCGCUGUGGGUGGCCUUCCGCUCGGGCAGCUGUCGGGAGGGGCUCGGGGAAAACUUAGUGAGGCUCCCGGGUCCCUGAGCCCUUGGAAGUGCGAUGAGGUCGGUUAGCUACGUACAGCGCGUGGCCCUGGAGUUCAGCGGGAGCCUCUUCCCGCACGCCAUCUGCCUUGGAGACGUCGAUAACGACACGCUGAAUGAACUCGUGGUGGGAGACACCAGCGGGAAGCUGUUGGUGUAUAAGAAUGAUGACAGCCGGCCGUGGCUCACCUGUUCCUGCCAGGGAAUGCUCACUUGUGUCGGGGUUGGAGAUGUGUGUAAUAAAGGGAAGAACCUGGUGGUGGCUGUGAGUGCCGAGGGCUGGUUUCACUUGUGUGACCUGACGCCUGCCAAAGCCCUGGAUGUUUCUGGGCACCACGAGACCCUUGUGGGGGAGGAGCAACGUCCAGUCUUCAAGCAGCACAUCCCUGCCAACACCAAGGUCAUGCUGAUCAGCGACAUCGAUGGUGACGGCCGCUGCGAGCUGGUGCUGGGUUACACAGACCGUGUGGUCCGGGCUUUCCGCUGGGAGGAUCUGGGUGACGGCACUGAGCAUCUGAUGGGGCAGCUGGUGUCACUCAAGAAGUGGAUGCUGGAGGGUCAGGUGGACAGUCUCUCAGUGACUCCUGGUCCCCUGGGUGUUCCUGAACUGAUGGUAUCUCAGCCCGGCUGUGCUUAUGCAGUUCUGUUGUGUACCUGGAACAAGGACCCCGGGGCACCCCCCACCUCUGAGGUGCCCUCGGAGGGCACCAGGGAGACCCCAGCUGCCCGAGACGUCGUGCUACACCAGACAUCUGGCCGCAUCCACAACAAGAACGUCUCCACUCACCUUGUCGGCAACAUCAAGCGAGGCCACAGCCCUGACAGCGGCGCCUCCGGCCUCUUUGCCCUCUGCACACUGGAUGGGACGCUUAAGCUCAUGGAGCAGGCGGACAAGCUGUUGUGGUCGGUGCAGGUGGACCACCAGCUGUUCGCCCUGGAGAAACUGGACGUCACGGGCAAUGGGCAUGAGGAGGUGGUCGCCUGUGCCUGGGACGGGCAGACGUACAUCAUCGAUCACAACCGCACCGUGGUCCGCUUCCAGGUGGACGAGAACAUCCGCGCCUUCUGUGCAGGUCUGUAUGCCUGCAAAGGGGGCCACAACAGCCCCUGCCUCGUGUACGUCACGUUCAACCAGAAGAUCUACGUGUACUGGGAGGUGCAGCUGGAGCGGAUGGAGUCCACCAACCUGCUGAAGCUGCUGGAGGCUGAGCCUGAGUACCGGGACCUGCUGCAGGAGCUGGGUGUGGAUCCUGACGACCUCCCAGCCGUCCGCGCCCUGCUUCACCACAGCCUCUACCAUCCGGACCAGGGGCAGUUUCCCCGCAGCUCUCCACACGUCCCUGGAGUUCAAGGGCCCAGUGCGUGAAGAGGCAGGUGGAGGAAAAAUAACUGGAGUAAGUAUUCGAAGGGUAUCCAGGGUUUUCACAGGGUAACCGAAGAAUCACUGGCUUCAGACAUUUGCAGCCCUGGAAAAGGCAGCUGAGAGAUUUGCUCCCAGCCUCCGGGGCCAGGCAUCCCUCUACCGGUUCCCCUUCCCCUCGUGUGGACUGUUUCUCCCUCACUCAACCGUGCGCAGAAUCAGGAAGGUGGGCACCAGCAGAGCAGGGACCCGGGCUGGUGGUAAGGUGAGCCUCCGAGGUGCAGGGAGCAACAUGGGGCAAAGACCUCAAGGGUGUUGGGGGUGGGCAAGCAGGCGGGGGCCCCCCCUCCGGCACCAAGGGCCCAGCCCCAACCUGGCUUUAUGUCCUUUUUGCCAUCCUGAUUUGGCUCUGCUCUUCUUGGGCAGGGAGGACAGUGGAUGGGAGAACCAGAACCCUGAGGUUGUGGUCCUCUCUAGGGAACACCCCUCCUGGGGUAGGGCAGAUGCGGAGAAGCAGAGGAAUGUAGCCGACAGGGGAAUGGGACAGCGGGGUCAGGGUGGUGGCCGAAGGGACAGACAUGGCAGUCCGCAGCUACCUGGCUCUAGUAAUGCCCCAUCCCCCCAAGGCUCUUCCCCUCAAGCAAGGAGCUCCCCGCUGGGGACUGCCUGGGGCGGCUGUCACUGGCCAGGCUCUUGGUGCAGAGGCAGGAAGGGCAGCUCUGGGAAGGGGGCCUUCAGCCGCAGCACGCCAUGCUCCAGGUCGAUGCAACACUGUCGGGGUGUGGGGAGGUGAGCUCCCCUGGUAGAUGACCCCCCCCCAGCCCCCAGCCCCCUGCUCCUUGCCCCUCCCCCUUCCAGGGAUGGCUCCAGGGAGGGGCUGGGUUCUCUGCAUUUUUCACGUGUGGGUAACUAAGGAGCGAGGGUGAAACCCCCAUCUCAUCUCAGGUCUUUCUCAUGGGGCCCCAACCACGCGUCCACUCCUGUGCCCCCCACCUCUUUCCCAGUGCUCUGGGCCAGGCCUGGGUGUGGGUACCAGCGUGAGCAUCCUCCUUACCUGGAGAGAGAGCAGGGUCUGCAGUCCAAGGCAGAGUUCAGGCCUCUCCACAUCUGCAGGAACCAUCGGAAACAAGCGGCUGGCUGGAGGGCUCCCGUGGUCACUGCUGUCCUUUCAGUGCUCCCCCUUCUCUGCCUCCCACCCCCAGGUCUGAGAAUCUUGGGGAUAAUGGGAGCAUAUAGGGGAUGCUUUCUCUGGUGCUGGCAGGAGCUGAGUAUCUGCCCCCGCCCCCCCCAGGAGAGGAAGGAGAGCUGAGCCCAUGGGCUGCUGAACAGAGGACUUACCCACCACCUGGGCCGAGCACACCACAGUCUCCUGGCCCAGCUGUAGCUCCAGCUGCGCCACCUGGGCUGGGGGCCCAGGUGUCAGGUCCCCACCUGGGGCUCCUAGGACCCUCUUCCCUAACCUGUGGUUGGGAAGCAAGGCUCAUGGCCACCGCAGCCCCCACUCCAACCCUGUUUGUCAGCUGAUGUCCCUCCCCACCACUUUGGGGUCUCAGCCAAUCCCUGGCCCCCCCACAGGGUCUAAAUCCUGUGUUCUCUGCCAGACCCCCCCAACUCUUUUUUUAAAAUUAAAAGUUUUAUUGAGAUA